AUGAUCUCAAACAUUUUAAGAAGAGCAUCAACUAUUGCUAUGAGACCAAGUGGUCUUCAAGCUGCUUUUUACACCACUGAAGCUAAAGCUGAAGUCCCAGUUGUUAAAGCUGCCGAAAAGAAAGAUCAUUUUGUUAACUUUCAAAUCUAUCGUUAUAAUGAAGAAGUUGGUGCUAAACCAUAUGUUCAAACUUAUAACGUCAAUUUAAAGGAAUGUGGUCCAAUGAUUUUAGAUGCAUUAUUAUUAAUUAAAAAUACUCAAGAUCCAACUUUAUCAUUCCGUCGUUCAUGUCGUGAAGGUAUUUGUGGUAGUUGUGCUAUGAAUAUUGAUGGUUCAAAUACUUUAGCAUGUAUCAAAAAAACAACAGAAGCUAUUCGUGGUAACUCAAUUAAAGUUUAUCCACUUCCACAUAUGCACGUCGUUCGUGAUUUAAUUCCAGAUCUUACUCAUUUCUAUGAACAACACAAAUCAAUCAAACCAUGGUUAGAACCAGCUGUUGAUGCCCCACGUUACAAUGGUAAAGAAUUAUUACAAUCAAAAGAAAACAGACAUAAAUUAGAUGGUCUCUAUGAAUGUAUUUUAUGUGCUUGUUGUUCAACCUCAUGUCCAUCUUAUUGGUGGAGUGAAGGUGGUGAUGGUGGUUAUUUAGGUCCAGCUGUAUUACUCCAAGCUUAUCGUUGGAUUGCUGACUCAAGAGAUUCAUCAACUAAAGAUCGUCUUGCUAUUAUUUCAGAAGAUAACAUGAAGAUUUACAAGUGUCACACAAUUAUGAAUUGUACUCGUGUUUGUCCAAAACAUUUAAAUCCUGCCUUAGCCAUUGCCAAAAUUAAAUCACUUCUUGCUCAUAACUAAAUUUUACAUAUGUAAAAUUAAACAAUUUUCAAAAAAAUUUC